AUGUCAUCCAACAUAGUUAGCGAUAAUUAUCAGGGCGACGCGAAAUUGAACGCCCUGAGCGGCGCGCUCGUUGACAAAACACUGGUCCCGUUGAACGCUAGAUACAGAUCGAAGAGUUUGUCCAGUGAUAAGUUGAACCAAACUAAUGCAGAUCGUGCCGCGAUAUUGGAGGAUGUGGAGGCGCACUACGUGACGGAGAGGUCCGAAACUCCCGGGUGUUUGGUCAGAAACAAAAUCAUGAAUCAGGGAGCACAGACAAUAAAUGGAACACAGUGUUCGAUCGUCGGUCAACUUUUGGCGGCAUUUCAGCUGUGGGACGUUCCUGUUUUCGUCAAGUUCCGAACCGUGGAAAUGAACGAAGAUAAUCCUUUAGUCCUGAUAACAUUAUCCUCCCCCCGUCGUGCUGCCACCUUGUUGUGGUGGAGGGGCUUGCGUGUCCUAAUGACCUCCAAGGCUAUGCCGGAUAGGGUCUCCCAAACCGGAAAGGCUCGGAGCGAGGGACCAGACGAAGAGCAGCACAAGGAGGGGCUCACCGUG